AUGGAAGGUAGAAGUCUAUAUCUUCGACAACAAUUCCCAAUUAAACUUGACUGGACAGCUACCGUCGAUAAAGUACAAGGUGUUAUUGUGAAUGAACUAGUUUGUUGUACUGAAACACUCUUAGACCAGGUCAUGAUUUAUUCAAUGGCUAAUUUUCAAAAAAUGUUUGACGAUGGUCAAUAUGGUCCAAUGCGGUAUGGUCUAUGUUUUAUACAAGGUCACCGACAUGAAAUGGAAGAUACUCAUGCAAUAUUUAUGCAACUGCCUGAUUCUAGCUUAUCAAGUUCGUCUUAUUUCGGUGUUUUUGAUGGACAUAAUGGUAGUAAAGCAGCGAUUCGAGCCUCACAAUAUUUACAUAAAUAUAUUAUUCAAGCUCUAAAUAGCACUGCUCCUAAUAAUGAACAAGGAAUAAUCGAAGGACUUAAAAGAGCACAUAUAAAAUUCGAUCAUGAUUUAAGAAUGGAAGCUAAAAAAGCAAAUGACAAUGAUGAUAGUGGUUCGACCUCCAUUUCAUGUUUAAUACAUCGAAAUAAAAUAUAUUUAAUGAACCUUGGUGAUUCUCGUGCUCUUAUUGUAGCACCAUCGGGUAACAUAGUGGUGCAAACGAAAGAUCAUAAACCUACGGAUCCCAUGGAAAUGUCACGUAUUCAACAGGCGGGAGGACAAGUACAUCAAGGUCGAAUUAACGGUGUGAUAGGACUUUCUCGUGCAUUCGGCAAUUUUCUUUUUAAAAGUAAUACUCGUCUCGCUCAAGAUCAACAAAUGAUAAUUGCUAAACCUGAUAUUUAUCUAUAUUCUCAGAUUCAUUAUCCAGCAUUCAUUGUAUUAGGAUCUGAUGGUAUAUUCGAUUGUGUUAGUAAUGAACAAUUAACUUCUUUUAUAAUAAGUCGUUUACGUUCAACUAAUCAUUUAUCAGAUAUAUGUCGUGACAUAUUGGAUUUAUGUUUACGUAGUGGUAGUCUAGAUAAUAUGACAGUUAUAUUAAUUACGUUUUCAUCUCCAAAACAAGACUAUAAUCCACAAGAUCAGCAACCACUUGUGAGACGUAAUUCACAACUUUCUGCACCAUCAGUGAAUUUCAAUACAAACCCAUACUAUCAAGCUCCAGAAACAUUACCUUUAUCACCGUUAAAUUAUCCUGAAAACUUUCAAGAUUACUCACACCGAGUAGGAUUAUUUCAAUCUUCAUCAGAAUCACUCAUACCUCAAAUCAUAAAUAUUGAUAAAAUAAACGAAAAUGUGCAGAGGCCACCGCUCUUUCAACGUACAUUAUCGCCACCGUUCUUUCAGCGUACGCUAUCGUCACCGCUCUACCGACGUACUUUAUCGCCACCGAUCAGACCAGGUCCUGCAUUUGAUUUAUUUCAAGGUUUUCCAAAUUAG